AUGGAUCGCCCGCGGCCGGCUUCCGCGUCGCCGGGCCGGCCGGUGCACGCCGCAGGCCCAGGUUGCCGGCCCGGGCGCGGCGUUCAGGACGGUAGGAAGCUGCAGCCCCGCGAGUGGGCGGGGCGAGGAGCCCUAGGAGGGUUCAAAAGGGGGUGGAAGGAUACCCGGGCCACCGUCGGAACUACUUUCAGGAAGGGGUCACGUGUGCUCCUAGUUGGGGAACUUUCCAAAUUCCCACUCUCCAAGCGUAGCUCCGGAGGCAAGUGCUUCGCCAGCUACGCUCGGGGUGUUCCCGCCUGGCGCGGGCAGCACCCCCAAACCCUCCCAGGUUGCAGAGGGACGGGGUUGGGGUGCUCAGUGGAGCCUCCGCAGGAUCGCUGUUCGGGCUAG